AUGGCCGACGCCGGGUCCUCGGACGACGCCGAGAGCGCCACGCUCACCGCGCUCUCGAGCUGCGUGACGACCGUGAUCGAGAACGACCUGUCCUACGGCCUCUGCGUCACCAACUCGGGGCUCUUCGACCUCCUCCCGCCCGACUUGCUCGACAACAAUGACAACAACUCCAGCUCCUCCUCUUCCUCCUCAACGUCCUCGUCUUCCGCCAGCUCCUCGGACGACUUCAGCGGGGACUCCGUGUGCCGCGUCAUGUGCUCCAAGCAGUCGUCCAGCGCCUCGGCGUCGUGCUGCGCGGCCGCGGCCUCCCUCCAGGCCUGCAACACGUCGUCCAGCGCUGUGGCCUCGUGCAAGGAGCUCUUCGACAGCGUCUUCACGUACCAGAGCGAGUGCGACGGCGGCCUCUCGACCGCCAACUCCCUCCUCAUCGCGGUGGUCGCCGUCGUCGUGGCCGUCAUCGCAGCGGUCGCGGUCUUCUCGCGUCUGUACGCGCGCAGACACAACAACCAGAACACUAACAACAGCAAACUCCAGACGCUUUCAGCCUAUAGGGGGCCCGCGGCCCGCCUGGCGCAGACGUGGAGACAGGUGACCAACCUCGUGUGGAAGAACAUGGUGCUGCGGCGCCGCCGGCCCGUGUCUCUUGUUGUGGAGCUCUUCCUGCCCGUGCUGCUGUCCACGGCGCUGCUGCUGCUCGCCAACCUGGACAGUUUGUCGGGCGGCUGGCGCUCGCAGUGGUUCACGUCCGAGGCGGCGCAGCUGGAGGCCAACGAAACGCUCAUCUGCAGCGACCUGGCGGUCUGGGGGCUCGAGGCCAUCGGCGGGCCGUCCUCCACCAUGACGUCCUUCUACACGGGCGGCCAGUCGGUGCUGGGGCUCUUCUUCCUCGUGAGCUACAUCAAGUUUGUGUCCACGACCACGACCACCAUGGUCAUCGAGAAGGAGAACCGCCUGCGCGAGGUCAUGAAGAUCAUGGGGCUGUCGGACGCCACGCUGCUGUUCUCGUGGUGCCUCACCACGGCGGUGCUGGCCACUCCCUUGGCCUUCGCCAUCUCCGCCGAGCUCAAGUACGGCAACGUGUUCCCCACCACCGAGUAUGCGACGCUCGUGUUCCUCUUCUGGAGCCUGAGCGUGGCCAUCACGGCCUUCUCGUACUUCGUGGCGCCGUUCUUCAACAAGUCCCGGACCGCCGCCAUCGCGUCCGUUUUGCUCUGGCUCAUCCUGUUCUUCCCUUACUUCGCCGUGCAGUCGGCCGACACCAACGCGCCGCGCUACUGGGCCGCGCUCUCGCCUCCCACGGCGUUCGCGCUGGCAGUGGACGAGAUUCUGCGACGCGCGCAGCUCGGCACGGGCUUCGCGUACUCCGUGGGGCUUCGGGAAGAGCCUGUGACAGUGCCCAGCGCGUUUAGAAUGAGUUUGUUUCUGAUCCUCGACUCUGUGAUCCUUGUGGCGCUCGGAUGGUACUUGGAGCAGGUUCUACCGCAGCAGUACGGCGUGAGGAAGCCCUGGUACUUCCUGUUCACGAAGAGCUACUGGUUUAGUAAGAUUGAUGACGCCCCUGAAGACGACGUACCAUCGACGAGCACGGAUACUCACGCGCUGUCGCCUCAAGCCGGUGGGGCCUACGCGCGGCUGGUGGAUGGAGUACAAGGUCCAAGCGCCAAGACGCCGGAGCAGGUGGCUGAAGAUGCGACUGUGGAGCCGGUCAAUGCGGCGCUGGCCAUGCAGGAGCGCAACGGCACGUGUUUGCAGAUCCGCGGCUUGAGGAAGGUAUUCCCGCUGGAAGAAGACGGCGAGGAGCGAGUGGCGGUCGCUGGACUGGAUCUGGCCAUGUACAGCGGACAGAUCACGGCGCUGCUGGGCCACAACGGCGCAGGUAAGACGACGAUCAUCUCCAUGUUGACAGGUCUGACCCCGCCCACGGCAGGAGACGCGACGUUGUACGGGUGCUCCAUCAAGCACGACUUCCAGGAGCUGCGGAGGGUUAUCGGCAUUUGCCCCCAGCACGACGUUCUGUUCCAGGAUCUGACGGUGGAGGAGCACCUGCUGCUCUUCGGAACCAUGAAGCACGUGCCGCGAGAGAAACUGCAGAGCAGCGUGGACAAGAUGAUCGAGGAUGUCGGACUCACAGAGAUCCGUCACGCGCUCGCGAAGACGCUUUCUGGAGGCCAGAAGCGCAAACUCAGCGUAGCGCUCGCGUUCCUAGGCGGCAGCAAGCUCGUCUUCUUGGACGAGCCCACGUCGGGCAUGGACCCGUAUUCCCGGCGCUUCACGUGGAAUUUGCUCCAGCAGAGCCGCGAGGACCGAGUCAUUGUUUUGACCACGCACUUUAUGGAUGAGGCGGACAUUCUGGGCGAUCGCAUCACGAUUCUGGCGGACGGCCAACUGCGUUGCGCUGGGUCAUCGCUCUUCCUGAAGAACCGCUUCGGUGCAGGGUACAACCUGACUAUGAUCAAGGCGGCGGACGGAUCGUGCCACGUGCAGUCAGUGCAGAACUUCCUGAAAAAAUACGUCCCCGAUGUCAAGCGCCUGAGUAGUUCCGGCUCGGAGCUCGUAUUCCAGCUGCCGACUGCGUCGUCGGAGGCAUUCCCCGCUAUGCUGGAGCAAUUGGAUUCGGAGAUGCAUGAGCUUGGAGUGCAGCAGUACGGCAUUUCGGUGACUACGCUGGAGGAGGUUUUCUUGCGGAUCUCUCAGGACCAUGAAGAGGAACAGCACCGUACCACGUCGUUGAAGUUGGUGUCGACAGGAGGAGCGGUAAACCUGCCGUCGACUGCGCCUCCUAUCACUGAGCCGUCGAUGUGGACCCAGUACUCUGCGCUGACGAAGAAACGUUUCCAGAUCGCCAAGCGAGACAAGAAGACAUUGGCCUACUCGGUUGGGAUCCCUCUCAUCUUCCUGAUCAUCCUCGCAGUGUUACCAGAAAUUGAAGUGGCAGAUUUCAUCCCAAACUACGCCUCCAGCCUCCCCACGGAAUCGGAGCAGAGCACAUGUGCGGCGUCUACGAACUUCAGCAGUCUCAUUGAUCCCGACUAUGAUGUCUCGGCGUGUUACGGCUCCCGGGGCUUCGACUACUGCACCCUCGGGGUCGUGAACUGCGAUGUCAACGUGUGCUGCGAUGCCACUAACGUCGCUUCGCCUUGGUACCCGUGCAACACGUGCGGCUCGGCGCCAUGUUACAACAGCAACUGCCUCGCCAAGAACAACGCCAAGUUGCAGGUGACUUUAAACGGCUUCUUAGUGGCUCUGGUCGUCAUGCUGGCGUUCGCGUUCAUCCCCGCAGCUAUCGUGGCUUUCGUUGUUCGUGAGAAGGACCCGAUCCAGAACGCCAAGGGCCUGCAGCUCAUCAGUGGCGCCAAUGUCUCCGCGUACUGGAUGGCGUGCUGGACGCACGAUGUCCUCCUCACGAUUAUCCCCAUCGUCGCCGCAGCGAUCAUCAUCCCGCUGUCCAUGACGCCGAGCGGCGCAGCGAACGCAAGCACAGCCGAUGUGUUCGCCAUUAUCGUGCUGGUGAUUGCCCACGUCUGGGCCAUUAUCCCGCUGGCCUAUUUGUUCUCGAGGAGGUACGUCAAGCACGCCGUGGCACAGACUGCGUUGCUGGUGUUCGCCCUCGGUACCGGCGGGUUGUUGAGCAUCUUCUCGUUCAUGUGCCGCAUCGUCAACUUCACGAUCUCCGGUACCUUAACGCUGUCCUCCCUGGACCAGAACUACCUGCGUUGGAUCUUCAUGAUUUUCCCUGGGUACACGCUGAACAACGGUAUCUUCGAGCUGGCAACGCGGAAGGUUAGUCGCCGAGCUCUGUUUGGUUCAGCUCGUUGGAUGCCGGCGUCUCCGUCGUUCUUCGGGUUGUUUGAAGGCUUCGGCAAAGAGGAAUGCACGGAGUGCUGGGACCGCCUGACCCCUUCGUGCUGCGUACGACAGCCCUUUGGUAUCGAGAUCAUCGGUGCCCCGCUGUUGUACACGCUGGUUGAGGCAGCAGUGCUGACCGCACUCGUGUUCGUGCUUGAAAACCGCUCGGUCAAGUGGAAUCAGACCGCCUCGGAGAAGCAGCAUCAUAGUGCGGUGGGUGUGGACUCCGACGAGGCGACAGAGGAAGAGGAUGAUGACGUGCAGCACGAGCGGCAGCGUGUGGAGCACGAGCCUCCUCAGCCGAACGACCUCGUCUUCAUCCGGAACUUGCGCCAGCAGUACGCCGGCAAGCCUCGGGCCAAGGUCGCGUUGAAGGAUUUGUGUCUGUCCAUCAAGAGCGGCGAGUGCUUCGGCUACUUGGGUAUUAACGGCGCCGGCAAGUCGACAACGAUGGCUGUGCUGACGGGACAACUGGCGCCCACGCAGGGCUUCGUGACUCUGAGCGGCUUCGACCUGUCAACCAGUUCGGCUGCAGCACGGAAGACCAUGGGCUACUGUCCGCAGUUCGACGCGCUGCACGACCUGCUGACUGUGAAGGAGCAACUGCAGCUGUACGCCCGGAUCAAGGGCAUCCCCGAGGCUUUCGUGAACACCGCAGUGGAGGAGCAGAUUCAGGAGUUGGGCCUCACGAAGUACCGCGACAAGCUCACGCGGGGUCUUAGUGGCGGCAACAAGCGCAAGGUUUCGACGGCCAUCGCAUUGUUGGGCCGUCCUCGUGUCGUAUUCCUUGAUGAACCAUCGACAGGCGUGGACCCAAGCUCACGACGGAAGAUGUGGGACGUUAUCGCGCGUGUGUGUUCUACCGAUCGGGAAGGAGAUCGCGGCGGUGGAGCUUGUGUGGUGCUCACUACCCACUCGAUGGAGGAGUGCGAGGCGCUGUGCUCUCGGGUGGGCAUUCUCGUGAGUGGCCGGUUGAAAUGCCUUGGCAGCGUCGAGCACCUGAAGCAGAAGUUUGGUCGAGGAUUCACGGUGGAGAUCACGCUACGUGCGGCUUCAACUAAUCCAGAUGAUGCGGAGCUGACUGCUAUUAUGGACCAAAUGGUGGCCUUCCUCUCAGCCGAGAGGAGUCUCUCAGCGCAUCGAAACAGCCGAACCAGCCAGCGCCAGAGCCUGACUCAGGGAGCAAAGAUCACAAGCGCCAACAUCCAAGACUUGUGCACGGCGCUAGGCUCGUCUGAACGCGGCUCUCGCAUUUUGGACCACUCGGGCACUGGCUGGUUGCUCAGCAGUCAGCUUGAAGCUCAGGGUGCGAUCUCGGUCGACAGUUUCUGCUCGUGGUGGGUCUCGGAGACGCACAGCGAGCGGCUGCAGAGCUUCUUCCACGACACGUUCCCGGGCAGCGUCCUCGCGGAGCAGCAGGGCGAGCACUUCCGCUUCCAAGUGCCCAAGCAUCGACCAAGUAGCGACGCACUGCUGCGUCCGGCCGAAAUAUUCCGUGCGCUCGAACAUACGCGCGCGGAUUUGAACGUGGACGAGUACAGCGUGAGUGAGACGGCGCUGGAACACAUUUUCAAUAACAUGGCAGCGCAGCAGGACGAGGAGAAGGGCGUCGCGCACGGAAUGCACAUGGAGUAA